CUUCACAUCUACCUAAAAGUUGUCAUCUGUCAGGUGUUGGGUUUCGUUGUUUGUUCGCGAUUGUUUUGAUUACGUAUUUCUAAAAUUUUGUAUUGAAUGUGAUAUAUUGUUGUGCUCCCACAAUGGAGGUUGAAUCUUUUCAAAAGCAAGCGCUAGUGGUUGAAAUGCCAGACGAGGAUUUCGAUCCAAACAUAGAGCCAACCACGGGCGAGGAGUAUCUGAAGAAAGUCAUCCACGAACGAUAUCACUGCCCAGCGGUAGUCGUUAAGAAAACGGGAGUUAAAAGGCCUUUGGCGCCUCCAUCUGGCCUCCAGUUACUGCUUUCGGACCAGAUUGUCGACAGUUCGGAAGAAGCGCUCCGCCCAACACCUGAGUGGAAGCACUACCAAUUGAAGGACUUCACCAAGUUGCGAAACAAAAUCACCAACCUCCGCCGGAAGCUUGCUGAGAAUGGAUUCACGUCUGAAGAUAUGGCUCCCCUAACUGACGAUGAGGACGAGUGGAAGCGUUUUUGCCAAACGAACGAGCCCUUGCUUCGAACGGUCCUCCGUAUUGAUCAGCGAUCUCUAGAAUGUCUUCUGGAAUUCGAGUCAAACUGGCUACGGGAGUAUCGUGAUGAGGAAACCAAACUAGACCUACUAGAGAGUGAUAGGUGGCUCGGGAUGUGGAUCUAUUCGACGCUGGCGUGCCUGCAUCUGCCAUUGGAGCCGACUGUUUUCAGUAUGCUACGAGACAUUGCGAAAAGUUGCGUUCUUUUGAGGAAUAGGUUGAGUAAGGAGCAGGAGGAGGAUGCUAGCCCUUUGAAUUUGUUUAUAUUUUUAAUUUCAAAAUAUUUUAAUCAGCUGGACCUAGCCGAGUUUGUAUGAAGUUGAGAUGUUGAACUUGGAAAUAGAUUUUAUAAACCAUGACUGAAA